UGGGCCAGCACUCUGCCCCUGCGCCCCGGCCCGGCCCCUUCCACGGUGGGUCUAGCAGCAUUUCUGCAUCUUGUCUUCCCUGCUGCAGGGCUAAGGAGGCGGUGGAGGGGCACAGCACUUUCUCAGCGUGCAUUUGACCUCACUGCUCUCCAGCACAGCAAAACUGAACAACAACACAACACGUCACCUCUACUGGUGGAGCAAGUGGCAAAUCUGUAUGCUUCUUCUGAGGUCUUGAGGGCCUUGUUUCUGACGGGGCUUGUCAGGCAGGAGGUGCUCUAUUGAUACUAAACAGUUUGCCUCAACAGGACAGCUGACUCACCUCCCUCCCCGCCUCCCUGGUGCUCCUGGCCCUGACAACUGCCCAGCACCUCCCUGCUGAAGCUUCACAGAAGUGGGAACGCUCCCCCUCAGGACAGCAAAGACAAGUAUCUUUUCUCCUCCCCUGCCCCAUGUCUCCUCUCUCUAGACAAGGGAAACAAAAGACCAGGAGACACUGUGGCACAGAGGAUGUGUCCUCAAACUGUGAGCUGAAGAAAUCUGAUCUCAGGCUCUGGAUGUGACACAGAGGACGUGGUAACUUUGCAGGGAUCCCGGCACCUCAGUUAGCUCUCACCUGCCAAAAAGGACUGAUAACGCUCAGGUCUACGCCGGGGACCCUUGUGAGUGCCGAGUGCAGGAGAUGAGUCUGCGGCAUGUGAGAGGCCUGUCCACGUUUCUGAAGCGCUCACUGUUAGGCAAUAUUGGGGACACUGCCAGGAUCCUCAGACAGCCAUUUCCAUCCUCAAGAUCCGGAUGACGCCGAGACCAGGAUGUGAGCGCUCUACUUGAGAGGUGACGUCGGGAGACACCGUGGCAAGACGAUGUGCAAGUUCUCUAGUCAAUGCCUGUGAUGGGAAGCAAGCCCCAUUCCUGUUGGCACCGAGGAGCCAGCACAGCUCAUAAACCCACGCAGUGCACUGAGGAGUAAGCGAGCUGAGGUUCGCACACACUCACCCACGUCACUUGUCACAGCGAAGACCAAUGGAGCUGAGAGGUUUGCACACACCGACCUCUGCCUCUGUUCAGGAGCUGCCCGCUCAGGGUGUCCACUCCGACACUGCUGCCCUGACACUUUCAGGUUGAGCUGCCUCAGGUGGUGGAAAGUGAACCUUUGGGUUGAGUCUAGAAGAGUGACCGAAGACAGCUCUGCUACGAUGUCUCUGACGGAGGAGACCCUGUGGUCUCAGUACGAGGACCUGGGCGUCAUCGGCACGGGCGCCUAUUCGAGCGUCCGAAAGGCUCGCCACCGCUCCACAGGAGUCACGGUGGCCAUCAAGGUCCUGGAGAAGCGGCGGAGAAUUCGCGCAGUUCUACAGGAGGUGGAAAUAAUGAAGAUGCUGGCACACCCCAACACGGUGUCGCUAUUUCAGAUAGUUGACACGAAAGACAACGUCUACUUAGUUCUAGAGUUCUGUCAGAAUGAGCUGCUGGAACACAUCUCCAUGAAGGGCUGCCUGCAGGAGGACGAGGCCCGCCGGAUGUUCAGACAAAUCAUAGAUGCCAUCUUCUACUGCCACAGCCUCGGCAUAGUGCAUCAAGACAUAAAGCCGGACAACAUCAUGGUGGACGACGGGGGCAAGGUCACAGUCAUAGACUUCGGCCUGGCCAGCCGGUUUUGGCCAGGACAGAUGCUGCGCAAGUUUUGUGGCACGUACAAGUACAUGCCUCCAGAAGCUAUCUCUUUCGAAGCCUACGACGGCCCGAAAAAGGACAUGUGGUCCCUGGGGGUCCUUCUCUACUACAUGGUGACCGGGACCAUCCCUUUUAACUCCGACGUGCGCGGGAAACUCUGCCUGAAAAUCAUAACGGGGGAUUACAAGCUACCCGAAGGCCUCUCGGCUGAAUUAAAGGACCUCAUUAGGCAGUUACUGACAGUAGAUCCAAAACGCAGGCCAACAACUCAAAUUAGGACCCACCCUUGGCUCCAGCAGGGCCAAGGGGGUUCAGAUAAUCCCAAACCACUCCCUAGAGAGCUGGACAGGAACAUCAUAUCAGCCAUGGGAUUCAUGAAAUUCAACGAAGACAACAUCCUCAAAGCUAUCCAGAAAAACAAGUACGAUGAGAUCAUGGCCACGUACCUCAUUUUACAAUCCCAGAAACAGGACACGAUGAGGCAGAAGGCUGAAGACAAGCCUGUCUGGCCAGGAUCGACGCCUUUCCCCAGCACCUCUGAGCCCGCUGCCUUCCCGAUGCCCCCCAAGAGGAAACAUCCCGAGCCUGGCUUCCGCACACUGUCUCUGGGCUUAUCGGCAUCGGAACAGCCUGAGGACAGGCAGCGGGCAGAGCAUGAGGAGUUCAGCAGUGCCAGUCUACCCGACCUGUACACAUCCCGGCCAGAGAAGAGGACCACUGCCAAGCCGCGUCCUGAACGUGCUCGCCCCUACACCGCUGCAGCCUCCCUCUGUCCCGGCCCCGGUCCACAGCUCCCGCAGAAGGCAGGGCCUGUGACUAAGGACCGCCGUCCCAAGGCCCCGCAGCACACCAUCAGCCCCAAGGCGAAAGAACGCAAGCUGGCAGCAUCAACCCAGGGCAGCCAGGAGCCAGGGAGGUGGCUGGAGCUCCCGCAGCCGACGGCCAGCACCGCGGAAGGGGACACUGAGCCCGCGAGCCGGGGCCUGCGCAGCUGCCUGAAGGCCUUGCGGGGCAGGAUCCAGAGCUGCCUGAGCAGAACGUUUCACCGCCGGCCCGCCUGGACCCGCCACCUCUUCCAGAAGCGCGUGUCCCCACAGCAAGCGGUGGACAUCAGUGCAGACGAUGACGACCCCGUCACGCCAGAAGACACAACCUUGUGUAUACCGUGUAUGCGUGGCCGAAGAGGCAAGAUAAGACCCUCCUGAGCAGUCAUCAUGGGACCCUCUUCUGCCAGCUCCCCUCUCCUUGCUGCUCCUCCUGCAUCCGCUUCUCCCAGAGCCUGGAGAGAACACAUGGCCUGUCUCCACAAACCACCGUGCAGUCUGAGGGGACGUCCUGUCAACUCGGACCCACCCUGUAUUCUCACAUGAAGUUCUGUCUCCAUAGACCCACAGUGUGGUUUGAGACCCACCAUGCAGUCCAAGCUGAUGUCCUGUCACGACAGACGACCCUCCUGCAGUGUCCCGCGAUGUCCUGUCUCUAGAGGGCCACCAGGCAGUCCUAUGUGAGGUCCUGUCUCCACAAACCCACCCUGCAGUAUUACAUGAGACUCACCGUGCAGCCUGACGUGAGGUCUUACCUCCACAGACUAUGCGCGCAGUCUGAGGUGAUGUCCUGUCUCCACACACCCACCAUGCAGUCCAAUGUGACAUCCUGUCUCCAUAGACCCAUCGUGUAGUAUGAGGUGACAUCCUGUCUCCACAGACCCACCCUGUAUUCUCACGUGAUGUCCUGUCUACAUAGACCCACUGUGCAGUCUGAGGUGACAUCCUCUCUCAACAGACCCACCAUGCAGUCUGACAUGAUAUCCUGUCUCCAAAGACCACGCCCCCGCUGCAGUGUCACGUGAUGUCCUGUCUCUAGAGAACCUCCAGGCAGUCCGAUGUGAGGUCCUGUCACCACAAACCCACCCUGCAGUAUUACAUGAGAUCCACCCUGCAGUGGGACAUAUUGUCCUGUCUCUAGAGACUAACCAGGCAAUCGGAUGUGAGGUCCUGUCUCCAUAGACCCACCUUGCAGUAUUACAUGAGGUAAUGUCUCCAGACGCACCAUGCCGUGCGACAAGAGGUUCUGUCUCCACCCACCCACCCACCGUGCAGUCCGAUGUGACAUCCUGUCUUCAGAGACCCACUGUGCAGUCUGAGGUGACAUCCUGUCUCCACAGACCCAUAGUGCACUAUGAUUCUCGCAUGAUGUCCUGUCUCCACAGACCUACCCUGCAGUCUGAGGUGAUGUCCUUCCUCCAAAGACCCACCUUGCAGUAUGACGUGAUGUACUGUCUCCAGAGAUCCACAGUGCAGUCCGAAGUGAUGUCCUGUCUCCACAGACCCACCAUGCAGUCUGAGUAGACGUACUGUGUCUGUAGACGCAACAUGCAUUCUUAGAUUAGAGGGUUUGUAUAUGCAGACCCACCAUGCAGUACUGACGUCCAGUUUCCCCAGACCCACCAAGCAGUCUGCCAUGACUGUACCCAUGAAAAGUC